GGAGAAAGAAGAAGAAGAGCAGGAGGACUCACUGCAAUGUUGACGUGCCAGCGCCCAACAUGAAAAAAAAGACUCACAAUGUCCGUGGGGGGACACACAACAGCAUGACGCGGAUCUUCUCCCGCUGAGCUCCACCCGCUGCUGGUGUCGGUGCGGCGGCGACGACGACCAUGGCGGACACGGAGGAGUCGCCUCUCCGGAUCACUCCCACCGUCCGGGCGCUGAGCUCCGCACUGCGGGCCACGCGUGGAAAUGUCCACGGCUGCGUCCGGAGAGGAGUUGGCGGCGGCGACAAGAUGUUCCCCGAGCCGGAGAAACUGUGGUUUAAGGAGAGCAGCGCCAAGAACCUCCGAAGCAGAGACUUCUUGUCGGCCAGCACCAUGCUCAACACUCUCUAUGCGGACGGACAGGUUCCUCCAGCAGUGAUGACCAGGGUGCUGUCAGUGUGCGGCCGCGGCGUCCUCCCAGUGGCGGGUGGAGAGGUGAUGGAUGAAGGUCUGAGGGUGAGGGUGGACCGGGCCGCCGCUUUCAGGGCCGUGCUGGCGGGCGGCGCCACAGAGUACCUGGCGCCCAGUGCCCCGAGGCAGGGCUGUGUGGUGCUCAACUGUCCCGCCCUACACCCUAAACCCAACCCUCCUACUCCUGACAGCCUCACUCUGGGUCAGCUGAGGACCAUUCUGUUGGCUGACCACAUGGGGGCACUGUUGAGAGGGCAAGGAUUUUCGGUGUCCCUCUGCCCCGUGCUCCCGGAAGACAGCGACAUGGUCAACUUCCUCCGCACUCUGGGCAUCGACUGGCCCACGUGCCCGGCCGACUGGACCAACGAGGAGCGCGAGGAGAAGAUCCAGGAAGCGUUGGAGAAGUCCGCGUACAGAGAGAGAGAAACGGAGAGAGGCAGGAGGACCGGCGCAGGGCGAGGGAGGAAGAAGGCGGACGAGGGCGAAAACGAAGCGGCGGUCAGGGUUAACUUGAAGCGAGUGUUUCAGGACGAGGGGCUGCAAGGAUACGAUCCCAGCCUGGGAACAUGCACAGUACACAGAGACAGUGUCUCCCACCUGGCACAGCUGGACUUGGCCACAGCGGACUGCACCGUCGCCAUGGCGACCGCCUUGCACGUGACCUCCUGUCAGGAUGAGUUCCGCCAGCAGCAGAUAGCGAUGCUGUGGCGAGCCAGCGGAGCGACGCACACACAGAGACAUCUGGUGUGUGGGCCUGUGAAGACUCCUGCUUCUCAGCUCUCCGCUGCACAGUACCUGCAACUGAGAAGAGGUCAAAUGAAGGAGGCCUCCGAGAUGAAGUAUGGAGAUCAAGUAGAAGGUCAGACAUGGGAUGACAUCAUCAGGGUGAUGACCUCUGCUACAAUCAGAUUCGAGCUGCUAUCCACCGUCCACACCAGUCCUGUGACUCUGGACGUCCAAAGGGAAGGGGGCGUGUCCACUAAAGGGCCGCGAGGAGGAGUGUUUGUGAUGUACAACUGCGCCCGACUGCACACGCUAUUUGACAGCUACGAUAGAGGAGUGGAGAAAGGUCUGUACCCAGAAAUCCCAGAUGGUUCAGAACUGGACUUCUCAGCCCUCAAAGAAGAGGGCGAGUGGCUCCUCCUCUUCAAUUACCUCAUUCCCUUUUCUGAGCUGCUGGACCAAUCAGGGCAGGCGUUAGACUGUGAAGGAGGCGGGGCUAGAGUCAACCUUAAAACGGAGCAGAUCUGCAAGUUUCUGGUGUCUCUCAGUAAAGACUUCAGCUCGUAUUACAACAGAGUCCAUGUACUGGGGGAACCGCUGCCUCACCUCUUCAACCAGAUGUUCUGCCGCCUGUAUCUCUUGAGAGCCUUGCGAGAGCUCUACCACAGCGCCCUGGAAACACUCAACCUUCCCCCCAUCCCGCAACUAUAGCCUCGCCGCCUUUCUCUCCUUCUCUCUCUCUCUCUCUCUCUCUCUCUCUGUCUCUCACUCUCUCAGUCACUCACGCAUUCCACCAGUUAUGACCUCCCUGCUUUUUUAAAUUCAGUGUUGAAAUGAUAUUACUGUACAAUCAAUGAGAACAUUCUCUUUACUGCUCACUAUGCACCCAAACCCACCAUAAAGAAAAGAAAACAAUGCCAAAUGUAUGCACCAGUAUUUCCUCUAAAAUGUCAGUUUUUGCUGUACUUUCUACAAACCCCGUUUCCAUAUGAGUUGGGAAAUUGUGUUAGAUGUAAAUAUAAACGGAAUACAA